AGAACGGCGGGCAGCCCACUCGACGAAAAAAAGCGUCGGCGGCAGCUCACGCCGAACCAGAAACUUUGCCAGGCAACCAACCGCCACCGUACCACGAAAUAAUCUCGGUCGGCCGACACAACAACGCCCAGAAACCAACACGUUCUUUCGAGGAUAAGAAUUCGAAGCGAGUCUACAUUGUCGCAAGAGACCGAGACAUGCAUAACGACUUUCUCUGCAGAUCCUCGCGCCACACGUUGACCCUUCAAUGAGAAUUCCCAGCCGCCGACCACUGUGAAGUUCUGACCUCGAGCCCGAGCCGCCGAAAGAAAGAGAGGAAAGACGAAGGCGAGAGCACAGAGCCUCGACCACCACAAACAACCCAAUCUCAUGCGUCCUUUCACCCCAAUCUCCAGACACCGGUCUGGUCCACCACCGAGAACGGCGACGCCCAUCAAAAGCAUUUUGCGUCAAACGACAGUCCUCGGCCGGAGGAAAGCUGACGAAAUCGAGUUCGAUGACCCGCCCUCGAGCCCGACAAAGAGGCGGAAAGUCCUCAUCAACGAAAUGAACAACCGCGUCUUCGAGUUUGGCAGUCGCUCAAUGGACGAGGUCAACUCGGAAGUGAGGAAGGCACUGGAGGAGCACCUCAUGGGCGAGGACGAGGACUACGACAUGCUCAAGGAGAUUUUCGCCAACGACAAGCAGCGAUACCUGCCACCCGUCGCCGGAGAAGACGAGGAUACGCUCAAGCCCCAAGAGCUCAAGGGCUACGUUCUGGCGCUGACCAGCUGCGUGCCGCUGCUGAAGAACAAGGCAUGCAAUGGCCUCGUGAAGACCGUCUUGCAGGUCUCGUGGUUGGGCCGCGACGAAGACUUCUUCAAGGUGUAUAUCCAAUUCCUGGCCGCCCUCGUCAGUGCCCAGGGAUCCUAUUUGACGCAUGUCCUGUCCAUGAUCGUCGAAAAGUUCUCCCACUCCAGACAAUCAGAGUGGAGCGUUGCCGAUUUUCCUACCGUCAGCCGAGCAACGAUGCGCGAAAGGCUACACACCGGCCUUCAGUACAUUCUCCAAAUGUUCCCCGCCGCCACACCUGUUCUCCGCGGCCUCCUCGAAACCAAGUUCCCCUUCGAUGACGACCCGAAAAAGAUGUUCGUUGCCUACGUCAACAACCUUUUGAGGUUGAAGGAAUACGCGGGAGAUUUGGACCUCGAAAUUGUCGACGUGCUGCUGUCACGACUGGUUAAGAUUGAUGUCCAGAUGCAGACGGAUCUCGACGACCUCGACGACGACCUUACGGCAUCAGUUGCCUACGCGCUCAGCAAGUCCUUGGAUACCGGCUCAUGGGAGGGCGAUGAGGAUGCUUCGGACGAGGACAGCGAUGACGAGUCCGUCGACAGCGAUGAUUCCGACUUUGAUGACAAUGAAGAAAAGAUUCGCGUGGUCAAGGGCAAUGUUGAAAAGCUGGAUGCUAUCCUCGAUACGCUGUUCGCCCACUACACACCCCUAUUCGAGAACCCCGACUCGGAUCAAGCAUGGGAGCGAUAUGCCUUGCUCGUACAGUCAUUUGGAAAAAUCGUGCUGCCAACGUACAAGUCUCGUCAUACCCAGUUCCUCCUCUUCCACUUUGGCCAAAUGUCAGCUCGCCUGCGGGACACCUUUGUCGGCAGUCUGAUGCACAUCUUUGGUUCGCAAAACCGACCGAGCUUCGUGCGUCAAGCGGCGGCAACAUACCUAGCCGGAUUCAUGGCGCGAGGGGCCCACGUGCCGUCCGACUUGGUGCGCACAGUAUUUGCGCUCUUGCUCAAGCAGAUGCAAAUUUACCGCCUCAAGCACGACGCGGACGCUCGAGGACCGGAUCUGAGAAGGCACCAAAUCUACUACGCACAAGUACAGGCCGCUCUGUACAUGUUCUGUUUCCGCUGGCGCGACUUGAUCGUGUCUACACCCGAGUUUGUCGACCCAGAGGACCCCGCAUCGUAUCUUGGUCACGAGCUGGAAUGGAUGCAAGGGAUGAGAGAAGAGCUCUCUGCCAGCGUAUACUGCAAGAUGAACCCUCUCAAGAUCUGCGCACCGGCUAUUGUCGAGGAGUUCGCGACACUGUCACACAAGCUCGGUCUUAUGUACAUCUUCCCGCGCGUCGAGGAGAACAAGCGGAUUAGACUGUCACAAUUCGUAUCAGACACCUACGGCACAGGCGGCGCACUCCGAGAUACGGGCUCGGGAGCGCAAGACGAGGAAGCAUACCAGCUUGACCCCUAUUUCCCGUUCGACCCUUACCAGCUGCCCGUGAGCAAGCGGUGGGUCCAGAACGAUUACGUGCACUACCAGGCUAUCCCGGGUCUUAAUAUGACGGCCGACAGUGACAGCGAAGACGACGACGACGAGAACGUUCCGGAGACGGACGUUGAGGAAGACACUGCUACCGCCAGCGAGGACGAAGACGACGACUGAAGCGGGCUCUGUGAGAAAGGAAGGGGAUCAAAAUGCAUUCAUACGGCGUUGGACGGUCACAAAAAAGUACAAGCGAAUCUGGGCCAAUUUGGCAUUGAUCACACGAUUCCCGCAAGGCGUUUGGGCGUAAAGAAGACGACGAAGAGGUUUGAGAUGUUGAACAGUGGUGGAGAUAUUUCUGGAAGCAGACCAUGUCGAAGAUGUUGAAGAAGCAAAAUUCCUGAACCGCUCUAGGAAUAGUGGAUGUGAGAAAGA